CCUCUAUCAACUGUUCAGUUCUGACUGACAUUGUAACUGUGAUGCUGAAUGAAAGGUUUCUGCAAGAACUCUUCAAGCCACAGGAAAUUUAUAACAAGCAAGCAUUAAAGAAACUAUUUGAAGACCUUGCACAUGCUUCAAUAAUGCGUUUAAAUACAGCGAGCAUGGAUAAAUUGUAUGAUUUAAUGACAAUGGUUUUCAAGUACCAAGUUUUUAUGGCAUCUCAUCCUCAUGACCUAAUUCUUAUCACACUUAAUCAUUUAGAUGCCAUAUGGAACUAUGUGAGAGUGCCAUCAGUGCAUAAGCAGAUUGUUAUUGUACAUAAAAUGAUAAUGCAACUGUAUGGCCAAAUGUCUGUUGGUGAGCUGCUAGAUGUAAGGAAAAGCAUACUUAAUUUCUUUCAAGAUCUUAAAAUACGCGUUUCUGUGUUUAUGAGACAGAAACUGCAAAACAGUGACGGAAAAUUUGUAAUUGAUCCAUCAGGAUUAGUGCCACCAGGGUGUGAUAUUCCUGGUGAAAUACGUUCAUAUGAUGAAACUGGUGAAAUAAAGGAUGUAACAAAAUUUGAUGGUUGUGGAGAUUACCAAGGCACCAGGCAAUUGGGAUCAUUUGAUAUUCAUGGCAAUAGGAAUACAGAUUUGGGCUGUAAUAUAUAUGCAUCUGCACCGGGACACAGUGACACUUGUUCAGUUUCUACUUGCCACACUGGAGAAGUGCCCUUGAAGCCAGCAUCAGGCGGCUCUUCCAAAGGAGCAGCUAGUGUGAAAGCAGCACAAGGAGAGCUUAAUCUAUUAAUGACACAGUUAUUAGGAAACAGAACAGCUUUUGACUGCAACGCAACAAAAGACCUAAUACACAUAACUUUAUUUGGUACAGAGGUGAACGAAAGAGAAGACGACGUUCAGUUGAGCAUAAAAAAAGAAAUAAAGAUAGAUGCACGGAGACAGUCCAACUUUGCUGAAUUGGAUGCUGUUUCCAGAGAAAUGACAGUUGAUGAUAACUGUGAAGAAACUCCUGGGGAUUUACUUGAACUUCUUGACAGUCUGAAUUGAAAGCUGUUUAUUUGUAUUGAUAACAUCCCGCAACAAAUAUAUGUCCAGAGUAUUAAGAAAGAAGAAUAGAAAAUGUUAACCAGUUAAAUAUAUUUUUACCUUGUGCCUCAGAAGAAAAAAAGGCGCAAAAAGAAGUCUACCGGUAAACAGAAGCAGGCAUUUGUUUGUUUCCAAUCUUUUUUAGUGUAAUCUUUCAUAAAUAUAAGUCAUAAUAUAGUUAACACUCCUAAAUUUCUUUGAAUAUCUUUCAGGACAGAAACUUUGAUAUAAGGCUUCUGUUAAGGGGUAGCACACUGGUUUACUAUUGCUUGAACAUUCAUUUGUUGUCCAGUGCACAAAAUAAAAAUUAAUUUAAGCACUAAAUGUGAGUUUAUAUGGACCAUACUUUAGGGUGAUGUCUGUUUAUGAUAGUAUUACUGCAAUAUAUGACAAUAUUAUGGUAUGUGCUUGCAGUAUUGCUAAUGGAGUGGGCUAUUGCUGAGGUAUUGCCCACAAGGUGUGGAGAACAUUUUUGUAUGGCCAUGCCAUACCUGCCAUUGCCUUUCUCUAAAAAUGCUUCCCUCUUGUUAUCAGGCUUCUUUCCUCUUUCUCAUGAUGAAGUGCUGAAGUGUAUAGUAAUGUAAUCUUAACUAUGAAACAAUAUUUCACUGCAGUUCAAAAGUUGGUGGACAUAAACAGAGGCACUUGAUUGGUUUGUUGUCUGCAGGAAACUGGAAGUGGACACAUGAGACAACCAUCAAUCUCAUAAAUGUGAUACUUCGAUCAUCAGAACUAUGGAUCAUAGAAAAUAAUAUACAUACAGGAUAUUCUCACUGCUGCUGUUAUAUCAGAAUAUCUGCAGCAGUGAGCCAUUUGUCUGCAUAGGUUCUGAGGACUUCAAAACUAUGUGUUAGUUUCACAGUGUAUGUUUCCCCAUUCAUGUACAGCAACUUGGCAACUUUUUCCUAUUUCUAUUGUCUCUUACCACAUUCAAUAACUUGGUUGUAAAUUACUGCAUUUAUGAAAUUCAUAGUUCUCUCACUGUUCUGGUAAGCCACAAUAAAAUUGUAAUGUUGAUUAUUAUUUAAAACUUAUCUUAAUGAAUUUGUUGAGGGUGGUGGUGGUAUGUAGAGGCCACUUGACAGCAAGGUCAUCAUUGUGAAUUCCUUGAGCCAAAGCAUUACAAACUUCUGGGAACUGGAGGGACAUUGGCGAGAAAAGCAAAUGCCUGUAUGAAUCCCCCAGUAGCCAGAAACUGAAACAUGAUCAUUAGUCUGGUUGCAGCUGAUAUACAGUCUCUCUCACAUUGGUAUUGACCUUAUCAAUUCUCAGAUGAACUGCAUUUAUGAUCUAUCCUAAAGAGCAUUUCUAUAUUCCAGUGAAAUUGUGGAAAAGGUAUAUAUCUAACAUCAGUUUAAAGUGUCAGGAGCAGUUCACUCACUAAAAAAACAGAGAGAGAGAGAGAGAGAGAGAGAGAGAGAGAGAGAGAG